AUGAACGUGACAAAGAGAAAGGUUAGGAUAUGUGGAUGUGGCUUCCCUGUUGUUCAAAGAACUUCAUGGACGCAUGAUAAUCCUGGAAGAAAAUUCGUGGGCUGCAAAUUCUAUGAUUUCUCAAUUGGUAAGGCUCGUAGUGAUGCGUUCGAUUGGGUGGAUGAAGAAAUUUUGGAAUGGCAGAAAGAUGUGACUAAUGUCCUGAUUGCUGAGAAACAGAGAUUGAUUGGUGAAGUGAAAGUCCUCGAGGCAAGGAUUGAUUGUAUUCAACGUGAUAAUAAUCGAGUGCACGAGGAGCAUGAGAAGAUGAAGAUUAAGUAUGACAAGAUGAAGAAUUGUAAUGUAUGCCAAGGUUUUUGGUUAAGCAUUGAGUAA